AUGGGUCGUUUCCCGAAUCGUACUGUAUUUCUGAACGUUCUCUUUGCCGUGAUGGGCACCACGUUGAGGUUCGGCUUCAACAUUACGCUCAUCAAUCCGAUGGGGAUGAUUCUCAACGAAAUCUUGACCAAAACCGCGAGGACACACUACCAUUGGGAUCUGGAGGAUCCGGAUCAGGCCAAAUGGAGACCCUACGUUUUUGGAGCGACCGGAGGGUAGGAUAAGAUGUUUUGAUGACUAAAAAUUUAACUUUUGGGCAAAAGAUUAUUAAUAAUAAGCAUUUCCAUGCUGAACUCAAACUUCAGGGGCGGGCUGUUGGGUCUAAUUUUACUCGGCCAGUGCAUUUGUUAUUACGCUUUUGAUUGUGUAGUGAUCCUGUGUUUUUAGUGCACUAGCUUUGGGAUCGAUUAUUGGAAGUUUGACUUAUGGAUAUUGGGUGAAUCGAGUUGGUCGAAGGCAAAUGUUAUUACUGGUACAGAUCAUGUUCAUGGUAUUGUAAGUCCACAAUGGAGGCGGCUAAAAAUUUUAUAUCAAUUUUUGCUAAAUCAUCAAAUGUCUCAAAAAUUUUUAUCUCAAAAUUAUAUAGUUCAGUGUUCUAAUGUAAGCCAGUUUUCCCAAACUCCAAUGAUACCUUUUCAGCUCAGUAAUGGCCAUCCUCACCCACUAUGACGCCUUUGAAUUGUUCUUCUUCUCUCAACUUUUCAGUGGCGUCUUCCUAGCUUAUGGCAUCGCCACAACUACUACUUUUAUUGCGGUAACUUCCUAUAGACUGAUCACAUAUUCAUCCUGUUUAGGAAGUUUCUGACCCAUCUCACGCCAGCUUUCUGAAUUCUUUAGUGGUGGUUUCGAUUGAAGUUGGAACCGCCACUUGUAAUCUCCUUGGAAUUAAUGUCAUCUUCGGCAAUGAAGAUCUCUGGCCCCUUUUGAUUUUCGCCCCAUUUGCACUGAAUUUUGUUUGGUGAGAGAUCGGGGAAGCGUUGUUAAAAUAAUUUAAUAAAAUUUUAGUUUCUUCGGAGUUCUCUUAUAUGGAAAAGAAACUCCCCAUAGUUUAUUGCAACAAGGAGAUCGAGAUGCCGCGGUUUAUUCCAUCCAAUAUUAUGCAGACUGCUCCAUAGAAGAGGCAGAGGAGAAAGUUAAGGCCAUCGAAGUUAUGAAUCAAAGUGUAAGCGAGUUUUCAUUAUUAGACUUGAUAGUACACAUGGUCUACCUAAACAAUACAGUUUUUUUGAUGUUUAAUUGUAUUAAAUUGUAGAACCUCAAACUACUUUCGGUCAGGCAAGUCCUUAGAAACCCCAAGACUCGAAAACCCCUUCUUCUGACCGCCUGUCUUGGAGCAGCUCAAGUUUUAUCCGGAGUCAUUGCCAUGGGAAUGUUUGGCACCUCGAUCUUUGUGGAACGAGCUCAUCUUACCAGGGUGAGCGUACAUUCUACUAACAUCAUAGCGUUAAUAUUCACCCUUAUCUUUCACGUAUACUACCGAUGUUUUUGGCAAAUUUAAGUUUAAUUCACCUUCCAAAAUAUAACAAGACUAUUUUCAGACUACAGCCGGAAUUCUCAACUUUGGUCUGACUACAUCAUUUUUGAUGGGAGUAUUUAUUGCAUUGUUCUUCUUGACCAAAAUCAGCCAUAGGAUUUUGCUUUUGGUCUGUUUGCCCGUCCUCGCACUGUGCAAUGCUACUUAUGCCGGCUGCAUUAUCUAUGCUCAUGUAAGUUUAAAAUACGAAACAUAGGAUUAUAAGCUGAUUAUCACGGCUUUUUGGGGCAUAUUUUUAGUGCAAAAACAAUAUUCAGGUUUUCGUGGUGAGACUCAAAAUUGAUGACGCUGAUGUCUAAGAUAAUACAAAACCUCAUAUUCAGAGCAACCCAGACACUCUGAUCCCGGCCUAUGGCAUAGCAGUGGCCUUGUUCAUCUUCGGUCUCUUCUUUUCGAACUCUUUGGAGAAGAUUGGCUUCUUCUGUGGAGCUCUGAUCACCCCGAGAGAAGCCCUCCCAGCUACCGCAUCGACUAGCGUCCUCGUUCUCAACACAACGGCAUUCAUAAUCCCUCCGAUCUUUGCUCCAUUACUCGAUAACUUCCAUGGCUAUGCGUUCAUUCCGUUUGUGGUGACAAAUAUUGGGUUUUGGGUCAUCUUUUUGUUGUUUUACCCAAAGAAAACGCUGAUGGAACAGAUGUCAGCGGAAGCGUUAGAAGAUGUUCAAGGUGGAGACAGCAAAGUAGCUCCUGUUGGUGAGUUAUUUCAGGACAGACAAUCCAAAAACUGAGUAUUCUCAAAAUCUGAUUUUCAGCUGUUGGACUGAGCAAUGAGACCGCCGGAGAGACAAAUAAUCUUUCCUCGACUUCGAAACCCUCCAACGAGAAGCUCUAA